CUUUAAAAUCAACUGGGUAGCUCGCUGGUAACCAAUGUGAGGACCUGCGCACUGCAGUGAUAGGUUGAGAAGGACGAGUGUGUGAAAGCAGUCAGCAUGGGGUGCAGUGGGGCAGUUUUCAGAUGCAAGGUCAAUAUACUGUGAACGGCACACACCCUCUGAAUGACAGUAUCACUGGAACCACACGAGUCCUGCAGUGCUUGUAAGACGUGUGACUUCUUGUGUGUUUCAACAAUCAACCCCAGAAAGGUUUAAAGAUACUGAAAUGUGAUGAUAAAAUAUUGAGCCAAUGAUGUCCAAGUAACAUUGCACUGUGGGCGUGCCACUGGCUUCAGAUCCUACAUAUAGGAACACAGACCAGCGUUUAUUCAGACUAGCAGCGCAGGGACAGCAAGGACAAUGGCUUCAGGUGAAGGAAGAAUUGGAUCCUCAACUAGACUACUGUGUGGAUCAGAUCAUGAAGCUGGAGCAAUAGAGGGUGUAGAAACACAAACUCCCAGCUCCUCUGAAAUCAGGAUUGUGCUGUUUGGGAAAACUGGAACUGGGAAGAGUGCCUCAGGGAACGCCAUCCUGGGAAGAAAGGAGUUUGUGACGAAAACCAGCUCUAAAUCAAAAACCAAGAAGUGUGUUAAGAGACCAGGAGAAGUUGCUGGGAGACGCGUUGCUGUGGUCGACACACCGGGCUUGUAUGAUACGAAGAUGUCCGAAGAGGAAGUUAAAAGAGAGAUCGCAAAAUGCAUCUCUUUCUCAACCCCUGGACCCCACGCUUUCCUCCUGGUGCUACAGCUGGGCCGAUUCACAGAGGAAGAGAAGAAAGCAGUGGAGAUCAUCAAGAUGAUUUUUGGUGGGGAAGCUACAAACCACAUAAUCAUCCUUUUUACUCACGGGGAUGAUCUGGAGGAAGGGGAGACGAUUGAGGAAUAUGUUGACGAAGCUGAAGGUGAUCUCAGGAAGCUGCUAAUGGAAUGUGGGUUCAGGUAUCAUGCCUUCAACAACAGAGAAAAGAACGAUCGCACUCAGGUCACAAAGCUCAUAGAGAAAAUAGAGGCCAUGGUGACAGCAAACAACAACCCCUUCUACACCAGUGACAUGUUACAGCAAGUAAAUAAAAAAAUAGAAGAAAGAGUAAUAGAGAUCAUGAAGGAGAAGAAAAAACAAAUAGACCUGGAGAUAGAGGAGCUGAAGCAAAAGAACCAGAAAGAGCGUCAAGAGAGAAUGAGGCAGAUAGAAGAGGAAAUCCAAGAUGAAGAAGAGAGAGAAACGAGAAAGACAGCAUUACUGUUAGAGUAUGAGGAAAAACAACAGAGAGAAUGCACAGCAGCAUUGACACGUUACAAGCAAAGAGCAAGAGAAGAAGCAGAAAACUCCAAUAGUGUAUUGCAAUACAUAUUCAGACUAUUGAAAAGAGAAACUUGGGACAGAAUAAUAGCAGCAGUCAGCAGCAGCAGCAGACCAGAUCAUGAAGCUGGAGCAAUAGAGGGUGUAGAAACACAAACUCCCAGCUCCUCUGAAAUCAGGAUUGUGCUGUUUGGGAGAACUGGAACUGGGAAGAGUGCCUCAGGGAACACCAUCCUGGGAAGAAAGGAGUUUGAGUCGACAGUCCGUUCCAAAUCAGAGACUAAGGAGUGUGUUAAGAGAACAGGAGAAGUUGCUGGGAGACGCGUUGUUGUGGUCGACACACUGGGCUUCUGUGAUACAGAGAUGUCUCAAAAGGAAGUUAUAUUGGAUGCUGCGCAAUGCAUUACUGCGUCUGCCCUGGGACCCCAUGCUUUCCUCCUGGUGAUACAGCUGGGACGAUUCACAGAGGAAGAGAAAAAAGCAGUGGAGAUCAUCAAGAUGAUUUUUGGUGGGGAAGCUACAAACUACAUGAUCAUCCUUUUUACCCGUGUGGAUGAUCUGGAGGAAGGGGAGACGAUUGAGAAAUAUGUUGACGAAGCUGAAGGUGAUCUCGAGAAGCUGCUAAUGGAAUGUGGGUUCAGGAAUCAUGCCUUCAACAACAGAGAAAAGAACGACCGCACUCAGGUCACAAAGCUCAUAGAGAAAAUAGAGGCCAUGGUGACAGCAAACAACAACCCCUUCUACACCAGUGACAUGUUACAGCAAGUAAAUAAAAAAAUAGAAGAAAGAGUAAUACAGAUCAUGAAGAAGAAGAAAAAACAAAUAGACCUGGAGAUAGAGGAGCUGAAGCAAAAGAACCAGAAAGAGCUUCAAGAGAGAAUGAGGCAGAUAGAAGAGGAAAUCCAAGAUGAAGAAGAGAGAGAAACGAGAAAGACAGCAUUACUGUUAGAGUAUAAGGAAAAACAACAGAGAGAAUACACAGCAGCAUUGACACGUUACAAGCAAAGAGCAAGAGAAGAAGCAGAAAACCCCAAUAGUGUAUUGCAAUACAUAAUCAGACUAGUGAAAGAAAUUUGGGACAGAAUAAUAGCAGCAGUCAGAAGCGCAGCAGCAGCAGUAGUAGGAGGCACAGCAGGUGAAAGUUUUAGGGACUUUGCUCAGAAGGUGCUGCUGCCCAAACUGACCGGCCUGUGA